AUGGAGAUGGCGCUUCAGCUUCAACGGAUACUUGGUUGCAUUGGACCGAUGAUGGACUCCUCUCGUGUGAGGAUCAGCCGGACCAUUGGGGUCUUGAAUAUUCGACAAGAAGGGGACGUCGUCCAGAGAGCAAAGUCGAACAUCAAUGAAAGGCUGGAGAAGCGCUCGGUAGGGAGAAAACCUUCACGCGAGCGAGCUCCUGUUGCGUCCGAGCAAAGUGUCGCUGCUUCCGAUUCCACAGGAAGGAAUGCCCUUCCGAUCUCACAGAGGGAAAGUCGUCGAGGGAGCCUAGUCGAACAGCGACUAAGGAGCCGGGGAAGCAACGCGAAGGGGAGAGAGAGCGCGAGAGAGAGCCAGCGGGAACUAGAGAGAUCAGAGGCCUCUCUUCUUCAACUUUUUAUCGACAGGAGAGUGAGAUCGUGCAGGCGACGUGCGAAGAAGCUACGUCGGCGUGCGAGCGAUGUGCGAUGUUGGACGCCAAAGCAGCUUGAUGUUGCGGUUCUUCAAUAUCAAAAUCAAAAGCUUUUUCAAGAACUGGAAGCUCUGAAGGUUGAGUACAUUCUUUGUGAGGAUAAGUGCAACAAUCUUAAAAAACAUCAAGAGACUUAUGAGCGCAUAGUAGCAGUUGUUAAUAAUUCCUGGGAGCAGCUAGUUACUGAUUUGGAAUCAUGCUCUAUUAGCACCAAUGAAUCUGCAAAUACCCGACGUGAUUUACAAGGUUCCCAAAAGCUGAAGGAUGGAGCAUUCAUCCCCAUUCAGGAUGAUUUUUUGAGCAAACUAUUCGAAACUGGCGCAACAGAAUGCUGCUCUUAUAGUGAUUCUGCUGGUCAAAUGGAGUCUCAUACACAACUAACAAGUGAAACAACCAAAAACAUUUUACAGAACAUAGUAUCUUCUAUUAAUUGGACGUGGCAUGUAAGGGAGGAUGCUGCUUCUUCGCUUCAAGCUACUUGCUCUGAAGCUGGAGCGCAACUACGGAAAUCUGUUAAUGAUCACAGGAUGGAAGUUAGGAGCCUUGUAUUGGGAGUAAAUGACCUGCAUUUGAAGCUUAGACUGUUAACAAAUAGCACUUAUAAUCUUAGAGACAUGGAUGCUGUUUUUAAAGCAGAUCAAAAGUGCUUAGCAGGUGAAUUGGCAACUGCUAUGUCAGAAUUGGAAGAAAGUAACUCCAAAUUGGCUUCUGUCAAGGCACAAAGUGAUGGAUCAAAUGUUGCACCAAUUUUUUAUUCAAAAUUAGGAAAUAAGCAAUCUGCUAUAGAUGUGGCUAAAAAUGAAAAGGAAAUACAAGACAUGGAGGCUUUCCUUAAGGAGAUUCAGGUUUUAGUUACAAGUAGGAUGGAGGAAAUUGGUAAUCUGCAGGAAAUAAGAAUAGAAAAUUUAAAGAAGCUGGUGAACUUACAGAAUGUUUUGGUGGAUAUCAACAGCGUCUCUUCUUCCGGAGUAUUUCUAAUGCUAAAAGAACAACUGGAUAAAUCAAAAAUGGAAAUGAAUCAGUUUCGAAUUUCCUUGAAGAAACUACAGGUUGAAAAGGACAACUUCCUUUGGCAUGAAAAGGAAGUGAACAUGGAAGCUAAUGUAGCUGUUAUUUCUGGGAAGAUUUGUGAAUUUUCAAAAUCUCGAAUUGCUGAACUAGAAGAAGAAUUGCCAAAGUUUAUUCAGGAUCGGAUUGCAAUGGAGACCAAGGUUGAAGAAACUUUGAGAGAACUCGGUAGGAAAGAGAUCAUUGCAGGUUUCAAAGAACAUGUAUCUUCACUUCCUAAGGAGAUGGUAGCCAUGCAAAGUGAGUUGGAAAAAUUAAAAGAUUCUUCUUCUGAAAUUCAUUGCUUGCGAGCUCAAGUGCAGUCUUUAUCUGCAAUAUUGCAACGGGAGGUUGACAAGUUGCAAUCUAUGUUUGAUAAAUCUGCUGGCCAGCUUCACGAGAUAAAAAAUCUGCAUUUGGUGGUGGUAGAUUUAAGAGAGAGUGAGCAAGAGUUGAAGCUUUUUUUGGAUAUGUAUCGGCGUGAAUCCACAGAUUCUUGGGAUAUUAUGGAGUCUCGAGGCAUGGAAUACAAGGCAUUGGCUCAUGUUCAAAGUCUUAAAUCUUCCCUUGACGAGCAUAAUUUGGAUUAUCGUGUAAAGGUUGCUAUUGAAGCUGAGGGGAGAACACAAAAGAGGCUUGCAACUGCUGAAGCUAAAAUUGCUGAUUUAAGACAGAACUUGGAAUUAUCUCUAAGGCAAAUAGUAAAGUCAUCAGAAAAUCUGACAUCUAAGCAUGAAGAGGGUCUAGUCUAUCUUUCUGAGAUUGAGAGUAUUGGGCAAGCAUAUGAGGAUUUACGAACUCAGAAUCAACAACUGUUGCAGGAAAUCACAGAGAGGGAUGAGUACAAUAUUAAGCUUUUAAUGGAGGGUAUCAAAGCAAGACAGCUGCAUGAUGUUGUUUAUAGGGAAGUAGGAACCAUGGAUGAAAAGCUUCAAGAAGCAGAUUUGUUGAUGCAUCUCUAUGGUCUGAAAGCUUUGAGGUUUGAUGAGGAGUUGAAAGUCUGUUCAGAUCAGGUUGCAAAACUAGCUGAUGAUGGGCGGCAAAGUUCUAUUGCCUUGGGUAAUGCACAAAGAAUACUAUCUGAUGUUUGCACAGAAUCUCAUAAGUUGAGGAAUUCUCUGAAUGAAAUGCAAGUACAAGUGGAGAGAAGUAGAUUGGAGUUCACCGACAUUCUAAUAGAGUUAGAGAGGGAGAGGUUCAACAAAAGGAUGAUAGAUGAGGGGUUAGCAGUGAUGAAAAUUAAAGCUACAUCGCUUAGAUCACAAACUGAAGGCUCAGUCGUGUUGGAAGAGCUUCAACAAGAGAAAAGUGAAUAUAGGGGAAUCCUGAAAUGUUACAUUUGCCAUGAACGUCAGAAAGAGGUUGUCAUCACCAAAUGCUAUCAUUUAUUCUGUAGCCAGUGUAUUCGCAGGAUUGCUGAAAGUCGUCAUCGUAAGUGUCCUAUUUGCUCGGCAAGCUUUGGGCGGAAUGAUAUAAAGUCUGUCUAUUUAUGAUACUGAACAUCUUAUAGAUUACACAAAAGAGCUUAGGUUGGAAUUACAGCAGCCUCGCAUACCUGUGAGAACUGCUGGGUACCAAAAAUCCUUUUGCUCUCGCCAAAGCUUGACUGGUAGAGAAUUUGUCUCAUACAUUGCAUCAAAGAGUGGCCUAUACACUGGAGCUUAACAAAACCUCAUUGAUUAGGAUAAAUGGUUUCGGUAUAAAGUAUACUUUUAUUUUUUUGGGGGAGCGGUCGAUCGAUGACCAUGUAAAAUUUUGAUUGUUUUUCAUUCUCUUCCUAACAUUUGAUAGAAUUUGAAAUUGGGUCAACUAUUCUAUGAUUUGUAUUGUUCGAUUUGCUUUCGUUUGCA